AUGUCUCGGCUAGAAUUUGUUAGGGAGGCAACAUGGAUUUUACUAUCCGAAAAUAUUCUACAUGAAGUACAACGAGUGAUGGACAAUCCAGGGAUUGAGCUAUCAAAUGAUGAAAUGAAGAAUCGUUGUCUGCAAAAGUUGGAAAAUUUAUUAAAAGAUAGUGGACAUAAUUUUCAUAACUUUCUAACAAUUCCAAAACCAACUCAUAAUAUAGAACAACUUGAUGUUACCAAUAGACUAAUCUUUGAGGAAUUACAUUACAAUAAAUGCUCUUUGUCCGAAGAACAUGAGGAAUGUCUGAAUAAAUUAACAAAGGAGCAAAGGUCAGUUUAUGACAGAAUCAUAACAACAGUGAAGCGUAACAAAGGAGGUUUUUUCUUUUUAUAUGGUCAUGGAGGAACUGAAAAGACUUUUAUUUGGAGGACUUUGUCUUCAGCAAUAAGAUCUAAAGGAGACAUUGUUUUAACAGUUGCGUCUACUGGGAUUGCAUUACUUUUAUUACCUGGAGGUCGAACAACCCAUUCAGGAUUUGCUAUCCCACUCAAUCCAACUAAAGAUUCUACAUGUAAUAUAAAACAGGACAGUCCUCUUGCAAGUUUGAUUGUGAAGACAAAGUUAAUUAUUUGGGAUGAGGCACCAAUGAUGCAUAGAUAUUGUUUUGAAGCUCUUGACAAAACUUUAAGAGAUAUUCUUAGAUUUGAAAAUGUAUCUAAUUUAGAUCAGCCAUUUGGAGGUCAAAUAGUUGUUCUUGGUGGUGACUUUAGACAAAUUCUACCAGUCAUUACAAAAGGUAACAGACAGAAUAUUAUAAAUGCUACCAUUAAUUCUUCAUAUUUUUUGGCUAACUGUCAUUUGCUAAAGCAAACAAAUAAUAUGAGGUUAGAAGGUAAUCAUGCAGAAUCAGAUUUGAAUGAUCGAAAAGAAUUUGCAGAUUGA